UUAAAGAUACCAGCCAGGUCCUUUUCUCCAACAAGUGAGGAGCUAAGUCCUAUUGAUUGGCUUAGAUCCUGCUGUUUGCUCAUUCCCUCGAUUCCUGCUCAUUUCUAACAUGGUUAACGUUUGGAUCUCUGCUGACUGUUGGAAGAUUGGUCUGUUAAUAACAUUGAUGGUGUUGAGUAUACCUGCAUCUUGGGCCAGGGACAUCCCAGGGGAUUUCGUGUUUCAGCACAAGGGUGACUGUUACUUCACCAACGGCUCGGAGCGGGUCCGGCUUGUGGCUCGAUACAUCUACAAUGACCAGGAAUAUGCCCGCUUCGACAGCGCCGUGGGGGAGUUCGAGGCCGUGUCCGAGCUGGGGCGGCGUCAUGCUGAGGAUUUUAACAGUCAGAAGGAGCUCCUGGAGCAACAUCGAGCCUACGUGGACACGGUGUGCAGACACAACUACGAGGUACACAAGCCCUUCGCUAUGGACAGAAGAGUCCAGCCCAGAGUGACCAUCUCCCCCUCCAGGACGGAGGCCCUGCAGCACCUGCUGGUCUGCUCUGUCUCUGGCUUCUAUCCAAGCAAGGUCAAGGUCACCUGGCUCAAGAAUGGGCAGGAGGAGACGGCUGGGGUUGUGUCCACGGGGGUGAUACAGAACGGAGACUGGACCUACCAGACCCUGGUCAUGUUGGAAAUGACUCCCCAGAGCAGAGAUGUCUACACCUGCAGCGUGGAGCAUGCCAGCCUACAGAGCCCCAUCAGGGUGGAAUGGAGGGCACAGUCUGAAUCUGCCCGGAGCAAACUGCUGAGUGGAAUUGGAGGCUUUGUCCUGGGGCUGAUCUUCCUUGGGGUAGGACUGAUCAUCCACCUGAAGAACCAGAAAGGACGCACUGGGCCUCAGCCUGCAGGCCUGCUGAGGUGAACCUUAGGAUUCCUUCCUUCAAAGAGAGUGCCUCCCAUCCCUGGUCUCCUGUCCAGGGUCCCCAGUCAUCCAGGAGGGAGGAGCAAUUGAGUCAUUGUGAUGGAACCCGCAUUUUCCUGUACCCGGAGGACGUUUGUCAUCCUCCUUCUCUCAAACGACCCUGUUGUUUCACCUUCUGUUCAGGAUGUUUUCUACAUUCAGAUGGUGCGGAGCUUCGGGGAGAAGGAAGUCUGCUUCUGCUGUCUCCAUACAGACUCCAUCUCAGUUAUGCUGCUGCCCUUUCUGCAUUAACUCUGUUUUUUUCUCUGUAUUCUUCCUUAAUAAAUAAGGUGUCAUCUGUAUCAUU